AUGAAUCGGAUGCUCCAUCUCUGAUGGAUGCUAAGCACCACUGGCUCCACAGACCCUGUCUGCUGAUGCUCAAAGAUGGUGAUGUCACAAAGCCAGGACAGCUGGGCUGUGGACACAUCGGAUCAGAGUCCCCUGCAAAACCCAAAGUCCAUUCAGAGGGGGUCCUGAGCCCGGUGGCGGCAAAAGAGGGUCCCGUUUCCCAACUAGAGACCCCCGCUCAAAGGCUGAUGAGACAGCUGGAGGACGGGAACUGCACUGUGACAACUCUCUCUACAUGGGGAGAGAGGCAUUUCGGGAAGGCCUCCACCACUCUGAUGCUCAGCCCCUCCAAAGCGGCUGGGCCAGAGGUGGAGAUGAAGGAGGAGGAGGAGAAGAGGCCCCAGCUGCCCUCCUUCAAGGAGGACUCUGUGGUUGAGGAGAAGGAGCUGGAGGAGAGUGAACUUAAGCGGCAGGACUCCCACAGUGGCUCAGAUGGCCUAGGUUCUGACAUGGACGACCCAUCUGAUCCUCCUGUGGAGGAGCUCUAUGAAGGCAGCCAGACCCAGGGGCCCAGACUGAGGCUUCAGAACCAGACCAAAGCCAACGGGCUAACUAAUGAUGAGACUAUCGCCAACAGAGCACAGGCAAACGGUGAAGAGGGAGCUGUGGGGGACUGCACGCCUUCCCCUAUGUCUAUGUCAGUGGAUCCAGACAAUGAGCUACAGGCUGGCCCCGCGGGCAUUCUGUCCAGGGAGCGAGGCACUAUCCUGGGGAAGGUGGCCCCUGUGUGGGUCCCUGACGCCCAUGCGCUGGUCUGUAUGAUGUGUGAAGUCAGGUUCACUUUCACCAAGAGAAGGCACCACUGUCGCGCCUGUGGCAAGGUGAGGGUCUUACACCACUUGGUUGUAUUUAAAUUAAGAAGGGAUUGCAUGUUUGUCUAUGGUCUCUUUUCCCUGAGAAAGGAGGCUGACCAUUAGUGAUUGUGUGUGUGUGUCCUACAGGUAUUCUGUUCAGUGUGCUCCGGUCUGAAGUUCCGACUAACACACCUGGAUGGGAAGGAGGGGCGCGUCUGUGUCUCCUGUCACUCAACUCUAGUGAAAAGUGAGUAUCACCUGACAACAACUGUUACCAUGACACUACAGGCAAAAACAGUGUGUUACACAGUUCAUUGGUGCAACAUGCAGAAAUGUCAAUAUUAUUGACACUCUCUUGUUAUUUUCUUUAGGAACCCCUCCCAGGGGGAGAAGGAGGGUGUGGUUUGCUGAUGAGAUCCUCUCCAAUGAGAAAUCAGACUCUGCCCCUUGUACACCAAUCAGAGGCCCCACCUUCUCACCGCUAUUAUUGAGGAGAAGUAUAGCUGCUACAAUCAGAAGCGCCACUGGCUCACCACAGACCAGCAGGAGGGCGCCAAUAGCACAGGGGCCGCCCCUGCUCAAUGUAUGUAACAAAACAUUGUCAGACCAGACUCAUUUACUGCAAUUGAUUUAAAAUGUAAAUAAAAGAGCUAAGGAUGUGCUCACAUGUAAUGCAGUCUUUCUGUUGAUAUCUUUGAUAUCCAUAACCCCAAAGUAAUCUAUAAGCUCUCUCUCUCUCUCUUUCUGACUCUUUCUCUCUCCUUCCUCCUCCCUCUCUUCUCUUCCUCCUUCUCUCCUCUUCCUCCCUCCCUCUCUCCUCUUCCUCCUUCUCCCCUCUUCCUCCUUCUCUCCUCUUCCUCCCUCUCUCCUCUUCCUCCUUCUCUCCUCUUCCUCCCUCUCUCCUCUUCUUCUUUCUCUCCUCUUCCUCCCUCUCUCCUCUUCCUCCCUCUCUCCUCUUCCUCCCUCUCUCCUCUUCCUCCCUCUCUCCGCUUUCUCCCGCUCUCCUCUUCCUCCCUCUCUCCUCUUCCUCCCUCUCUCCUCUUCCUCCCUCUCUCCUCUUCCUUGGGGCAGCAGGUAGCCGAGAGCCUAGAGGUUAGAGAAGCAGGUCGGGUUCGAAUCCCAUGUCUGACAGGGGGACAUCUGGUUGGGAGUGUCCUAGAUGCCAUCACCUGCAGUUGUGCCCUUGACACUUAACUGCUCACUGGGUGUUGUACUAGUCGCUGCCCACUGCUCCAGCCACUCUAUGUGUGUGUGUGGAUUGGGUACAACAGAAGACCAAUGUCUGUCUUGUAUGGAUUAAUAAAGUAUUACUCUGCCCUCUCUGUAUAGCCUCUGCAGGAGGUGUGUGGGCCCUGUGGCUGGGGUACAGCAACCCUGGUCAGCAGCCAUAUCAGUAGCUCUGCCAACCUUAUCCCACUGGAUGGCCUCCCUCCCAUCCUCACCUCUACUGGAGUCAAAGGAGGUACAACCAGGACACCAACACUGGAGAUGCUAACCGCUAGCUCACUUUAGCUCACUGUACUGGUAUUGUCAUAGGGCAGAUGUAUUCAACUCCUACCCUAUGAGGACCGGAACCUGCUGGUUUUCUGUUAUACCUGAUAAUUAAUUGCACACACCUGGUGUCCCAGGUCUAAAUCAGUCCCUGAUUAGAGGGGAACAAUGAAAGAAUGCAGUGGAACUGGCUUCGAGGUUGAGUUUGAGGGUCAUAGGGUUUGGUAGUCCACUACAGGAUAUGCUGAAGGCUAGCUCACUGUACUGGGAUUGUCAUAGGGUUAGGUAGUUAGCUACUGGAGAUGCUAAUGGCUGGCUAGCUCACUGUACUGGGAUUGUCAUAGGGUUAGGUAGUUAGCUACUGGAGAUGCUAAUGGCUGGCUAGGUCACUGUGCUGGGAUUGUCAAAUGGACAGUUAUUUUUAAUAGUUUAUAGGGAUGUCUAGGUCACCGUUUCAUCUGUUUCGCCAGACUACACAGUGGAGGAAAGGCCCUCUGAGAGGGUUCUCAUCCAGGACCUGGAGAGCGGCAGGCCCAACUCCCUGGUCUUUGUCCUCAACGCCAACCUACUGGCCAUGGUCAAGCUAGUCAACUGUAUGUGACCUUUUUUCUCAACCUUCAACCCUUUUUUCAGUUAUUGACAGUGUGUGUCACACCAUUUUCAUAUUAGCUCACUAUUGAUGAAUUCAAGUCACAUGUGACCUCACAAUGAAGCGCUACCUCUCAUUGGCUCUCCCCAGAUGUAAACAGGAAGUGCUGGUGUGUGACGUCGAAGGGCAUGCAUGCGGUGGGCCAUGUGGAAGUGGUGGUGCUGCUGCAGUGUCUGCCCGAAGAGAAGAGCUUCCCCAAAGACAUCUUCAGCCACUUUAUACAGCUCUACAGGGAUGCCCUCACAGGUGAGACUGGCGUUGACGUGGUCUGGCAACGUAGCUACCAUUGAUCAGCACUGGAUUGAGCUCUGAAGCAGGUCUUGAAAGAGUCCCAUUUUCCUUCCAUUUUCCAUUUGAGUCAUUUAACAGAUACUCUUAUCCAGAGCGAUUUACAAUUAGUGCAUUCAUCUUAAGAUAGCUAGGUGAGACAACAACACAUCAUAAUCGUAUCAAGUACAUUUCCCUCAACAAAUUAUUUAUCAGCAAAGUCAGUGCUAGUGGGAAAAGAGAAGUGCCUUUUUUUGGGAUGGGGGCGCCGUGAGAGUUAUUUAAGAUAGUCUUCAAAGAGGUAGGGUUUUGAAAGAUGGGCAGGGACUCCGCUGUCAUGACUUUAGGGGGAAGCUUGUUCCACCAUUGGGGUGCCAGGACAGAGAUCAGCUUUGACUGGGCUGAGCGGGAGCUGCCCUCCCGUAGGGGUGUGAGGGCCAAGAGACCAGAGGUGGCGGAACGGAGUGCUCGGGUUGGGAUGUAGGGUUUUUAAGCCUUGAGACAAUUCCCUGUGUGUAUCGAGAAGGGUCCACCACCCAAAGGAAUUCCAGCCAACUUGACACAACUGUGGGAGGCCCCGUGUAGCUCAGUUGGUAGAGCAUGGCGCUUGCAACGCCAGGGUUGUGGGUUUGAUUCCCACGGGGGCCAGAAUGAAAAAUGUAUGCACUCACUAACUGUAAGUCGCUCUGGAUAAGAGCGUCUGCUAAAUGACUAAAAUGUAAAAUGUAAGCAUUGGAGUCAACAUGGGCUAGCAUUCCUGUGGAACGCUUUCGACACCUUGUAAAGUCCAUGCCCUGACGAAUUGAGGCUGUUCUGAGGGCAACUCAAUAUUAGGAAGGUGUUCCUAAUGUUUUGUACACUCGGUGUCUAUCUCUCUUUCCCUCUCUCCAUCUCUAUUUUUCCCUCCAUCUCUCUCUCUCUCUCCUUCUCCUCUCUCCCCACUCACUGUUUUCCUCCUCUCUCCUCCCUCGUCUCUCCCCCCUCUCCCCACUCUCUCUUCCUCCCCCUCCCUCCUCUCCCUCUCCCUCCCUCCACCCUCCUUUCCCCCUCCUCCCCACUCUCUUAUCCCCCCUCCCCCCCUCCUCCUCUCUCCCUCCCCCCUCUCCCCCCUCACCCUCCCCCCCUCCCCCCCUCGUUCUCCCCCCUCCCCCACUCUCUCUCCCUCCCUCCUCCCUCCCCCCUCCUCCCGCUUCCUCCCCCUCUCUCCCCCCCCUCCCUCUCCCCCCUCUCCCCCCUCCCCUCCCCCCCUCUCUCCCCCCCCUCCCCCUCCUCCCUCUCUCUCCCCCCCUCUCCCCCCCUCCCCCUCCCCCCUCCCCCUCCCCCCUCCCCUCCCCCUCCUCCCUCUCUCCUCUCUCCCCCCUCUUCCUCCUCCCUCCCUCCCCUCUCUCUCCCCCUCCCCCCUCCUCCGUCCCCCCCCCCCCCCCCCCCCCCCCCUCUCUCUCUCUGCAGGCAAGGUGCUGAGCCACCUGGGUCUCUCCCAGUUCUCCAGUAGUUUCCUGGGCUGUGAGGAGCAUGCAGGGUUCCUCUGGGUGCGCUCCACCCUCCAGUCCCUGCAUGGUCUCCCUAUGCCCAACCAGCCCUUCCUCUUUGGCCUGCUGGUCCACCGGGAUGAGGUGCCCUGGGCCAAGGCCUUCCCCCUGCGCCUCAUGCUCAGAUUGGGGGCUGAGUACAGAUGUGAGUCAGUGCUCUUGAGGCAGGAGAGAGAUGUGUGGCUGGAGAGUGCGUGAGUGUGAGAGAGAGAGAGAGAGAAAGGGACGUCCAGUGUAAUUCCCAUUAAGGCGUUCCUCUCCCUUUCCAGUUUACCCCUGUCCUCUGUACAGUGUGCGCUUCAGGAAGGCUCUGUUUGGGGAAACCGGCCACACCAUCAUGAGACUACUAGUAGUAAGUAGCUUGCCUCUCAUUACACAAACAACAAUCAGCACAAAGGUUGAGUUCAUUAGGGCACACCGUACCAAAACAUUUUACUACAGAAAAUGAAUGCAGCGUUUCUUACUGGACGAGAUCAGAAAAUCCCUCCCUGUUUAGGUCCGUUUUCUUCCAUUUGGGGCCUAAUGAAUCACACAUUUUUCCCUCAUUGCUUGCCAGGACUUCAGGAAUUACCGGUACACUCUGCCAGUGGUGCCUGGACUCACUGUAGAUCUGGAAGCUCAGAGGACCUGCAUUAAAAUCCCCACCAACGGCUAUGAUGAGGUACAGGCAAACCAUGAAGCAACACUUGGUUACACUUUAUAAUAACUGUAAUGAAUACGCCGUUAUAAAUGCAUAUAAAUGCUUUAUAAAUUAUGAAACACUCCCUUAUAAACAACUCUUUCAUCAAUAGAUCAAGGGUUGACAUCUCUCCACCCUCUCUGUCUCUGUCCCUAUCUUUCUCCUCUAAAUUCAGUUCAAGGGGCUUUAUUGGAAUGGGAAACAUAUGUUUGCAUUGCCAAAGCAAGUGAAAUAGAUAAUAGAUAAUCUCUCUCUCUCCUCUCUUUCUCUCUCUCCUCUCUCUCAGCUGAUGAAGGUUUUGAAUAAGUCCAAUGAGCAUGUGCUGGCCAUGGGGGCAUGCUUCAACGUGGCGGCAGACUCCCACCUCAUCUGUGUUCAGGGGGACGAUGGCCAGUACCAGACCCAGGCUAUCAGCAUCCACAAUCAGCCUCGCAAAGGUGGGCGCGCCCCUGGAAUCAUCAGAGGGCAAUGGGGACUAGGGGAGACUGUAAUCUCCCGCGGACAUUGUAAAUUGUAAAUAACUGCCUUAAUGUUGCUGGUUCCCAGGAGGAGUAGCUGCUGACUUGGCAGCAGCUAAUGGGGAUCUUUAAUAAAUACAAAUACAAAUCUGAUCAAAUUACGCAAGAAUUUACUUCCGGGUUACAGAUAUUAGGGAGACUGCAGAGUCCACUGCCUGUCCUGUAAUCAAAGAGAAACACCAGUAGAGAGGGAAUGCUACACAGGGGCAAGCAGCACAUCACCUACAACCAGGGAGAGGGAGGGAGAGAUGUUGUAUUGACUGCCACGUAACACCCACAGUGUAUCUGGCCUUUGACAGCCUAGGGAAAAUCAUAUGUAUGAUUUGCCACGUUUUUAUAUGUGCUCAUUGCAAGAACUGUGCCUUAGCUAUCACUUUUUCACCACUGGAAGGCAAUGUGGUGUCAUGUGAGAAGGUGAACUAUCCUCGAGAAAGAUACAGGUGGAGAAAGCUUAGUUCUAUCAUUAUUUUUGGUUAGUCCAACUGUAAUAUUAAACGUGUUUAUAUCUACAAGUCAAGUGGUAAUAUGUGGUGUUGUGUUUUGGUUCAGUUACCGGUUCCUGCUUCUUUGUGUUCAGUGGAGCCCUGAAAGAAGCAUCAGGAUAUCUGGCCAAAUCCAGCAUCGUUGAAGGUACUGUCAUCCUUGUGUAUCUUUACUAAGGACUGGAACAUUACCUUACUAAUCAUAUUCAACUAUUCACAUACAGAAAUAGUCUUAUUAUGACUACUUUACUACUAACUUUCAGCAUAAAUAUAAUUUCCUUAUUUAGAGUCUGUCAAUGUUUGUGUGUAUGUGUGUGUCCAUGUGCACUCAAGGUUGUGUGUAUGGCUGUAUGUAUGUGCAGGUGAGUGUGCGUGUACUUGUUGCUGUCUGUCUGUGUGUGUUUUUGCUGUAUUGCUGUCCCUCUCUCCAGAUGGGCUGAUGGUGCAGAUCACUGUGGAAACCAUGGUGGAGCUUCGCAGGUCACUACGGGAGAUGAAAGACUACACCAUUUCCUGUGGGCAGAUCGACCAAUCAGACAGCCAGGAGCAUGUCCAGGUCCAAUGGCUAGAGAAAGAAUGCACUUUAAACAAGGGGUAAGUGUUUGGUCAUUACAUCUGCCCUGAUCAGUGUCCCAUGGCUAGUUCUAUAGCCUAUCAUUAUCCUAUAAUUAACCUCUCACUAACCCUAACCCAUUGUAAUUUCAUCCAGUCUUCAAGUCUGUUUCAGACCUGCUCACCCCCUUGCCCAUUAACCAUUCUCUAGCGCUGUAGGCUACUCUUUAUCGUUGCCUGCUACUUUGUAUGACCCUGUUUGUGUGUGUGUCCGUGUGUGUGUUGCAGGGUUAUUAGCCCCAUUGAUGGCAAGUCCAUGGAGUCCAUCAGCAGUGUCAAGAUGUUCCAGAAGUCAGAGUACAAGGCCAAUGGAAAGGUCAUCCGCUGGACAGAGGUAACCCCAGCCUUUGGACCCAACAAUAUCUAGGGAAUAUCUAGGGCACAUCUAACCACUGGUCUUGACUCAUACUCAGAGCCUCUUGUUAUUGUAUUCUCUAAGUGCAUUGUUGUCUCUCGUGUGUUCGUCAGGUGUUCUCCCUACAGAAGGGGGGUCAUCCUAAGAGCCAGAGUGACCACCACACAGAACACAGCAGGCUGACAGAGAGACUGGCCCGGGCAUUCUGCCUGGCACUGGGCCCACACCUCAAGCUGCUGAAGGAGGAUGGCAUGGCCAAGCUGGGGCUGCGCGUCACGCUGGACUCCCACCAGGUGAGGGCGCCAUUGGCUAGGAUGAAGAUACUGCACCUAGGUCAUUGGCCCAUUUAGACCUUUGAGGAAACGUAAUCUUUGAAAUUGUAUAUCACUUUAUUCCCGCCUGACUUUAAUAGUUGUAAUACUUCUUGAUUUACUACUAUGUGAGUGGUUGACCACCUUUUAAUAUAAAGUUAUUCUAUGUAAAUAGUUAUCGGAUAUAGGCCUGCAGAAUAUUUCCAAAGCUAGCAGUUGAACCCAUAGAUGUGUGGUGGUUAACAUCGCUGUUCCAUGUUCCAGGUGGGGUUCGUGGCCGGCAGUAACGGCCUGCCCCUCCCAGCCCCGUACCUCAACGCCCUGGACACCGUGCUGAGCCCAAUCAUCCACAGCAGGGGGCGCAAGAGGAGCGAGGAACCUGUAGUCAUGGAGCUCAUCUUCUAUAUCCUGGAGAACAUCUCC